AUGGCCGCCCGCCGGUCUUUGGCCCGUUCUAUCCCCGCUCUCCGUGCGGUUCCCCGCUCACCCGCGGUUACUGCUAGAGCUGCCUCCGGUGCUCGAUCUCUCACCACCGCGACCCCAAUUGCUAGAUUCACUGCUCAGAGGGCUAUCGCUACCCCCGGGGCUAUGUCGGCUGCCCGCAGAUUGCACGCCACCGCUCAGCAGCUCGCCCCUCCUACCACCUCGGCUGCUUCGACUGCAACGGAAUACCCGACAAACCAUCAAAAGAUUGCCAACCCUAUCGACACCGCCAACUUCCUCGACAACGAGUUCGUGCCAUCCAAGGCUACUAAAUGGAUCGACCUCCAUGACCCAGCCACCAACAAUCUGGUGACUCGUGUGCCACAAAGUACCGAUGAGGAGUUGCAGGCCGCAGUCAAGUCGGCCGAGAAGGCCUUCCCCGCGUGGCGCGCCACUAGCAUCAUGGCUAGACAGCAGAUCAUGUUCAAGUUCACCAGCUUGAUCCGCGAGAACUGGAACCGGCUGGCCGCAUCCAUCACUCUCGAGCAAGGAAAGACCUUCGCCGAUGCCAAGGGCGACGUUCUUCGUGGUCUGCAGGUCGCCGAGACCGCUUGUGGUAUCACCACCCAGAUGACCGGUGAGGUUCUGGAGGUUGCCAAGGACAUGGAGACCCGUAGCUACCGCGAACCGCUGGGCGUUGUCGCGGCUAUCUGCCCGUUCAACUUCCCUGCCAUGAUCCCGCUAUGGUGUAUCCCCGUUGCCACUGUGACUGGCAACUGCUUGGUCAUGAAGCCCUCUGAGCGCGACCCCGGUGCUGCUAUGAUCCUGGCCGAGCUGGCCAAGGAGGCCGGCUUCCCUCCCGGUGUUAUUAACAUCGUUCACGGCCAGCACCGCACCGUGGAUUUCAUCCUGGACGCGCCCGCUAUCAAGGCCAUCAGCUUCGUCGGCAGCAACAAGGCUGGCGAGUACAUCUACACUCGUGGCUCUGCCAACGGCAAGCGUGUGCAGGCUAACUUGGGUGCCAAGAACCACGCCGCUGUCCUGCCCGACUGCAACAAGAACCAUGCUCUCAACGCCAUUACUGGUGCUGCCUUUGGUGCUGCUGGUCAGCGCUGCAUGGCUCUGAGCACUGUCGUUAUGGUUGGGGAGACCAAGGAGUGGCUGCCCGAGAUUGCUGAGCGUGCCAAGGGUCUCCACAUGAACGGUGGCUUCGAGGAAGGUGCGGACCUUGGUCCUGUCAUUAGCCCCGAGAGUAAGAAGCGCAUUGAGGAUCUCAUUGCCAGUGCUGAGGCGGAGGGUGCUACUAUCCUCCUGGAUGGCCGUGGACAGAUGCCCGAGAAGUAUCCCAACGGCAACUUCGUUGGUCCCACCAUCAUCACCAAUGUUACCCCUGACAUGAGGUGCUACAAGGAGGAGAUCUUCGGUCCCGUUCUCGUUUGCCUUAAUGUCGAGUCUCUGGACGACGCCAUUGAUCUCAUCAACGCCAACGAAUACGGCAACGGUGCCGCCGUCUUCACUCGCUCCGGCUCGACCGCCUCGCGCUUCCAGAAGGAAUGUGAAGCCGGCCAGCUGGGUAUCAACGUGCCCAUCCCCGUCCCGCUGCCCAUGUUCUCCUUCACCGGUAACAAGAAGAGUAUCGCCGGUGGCGGUGCCAACACUUUCUACGGCAAGCCUGGCUUGCAGUUCUUCACUCAGCAGAAGACCGUUACCAGCCAUUGGAAGAGCGAGGAUGCGGUCAGCACCAAGGCCAACGUCGUGAUGCCUACCCACUCUUAG